AAGAGGUGGACUGGGCGGCCCGUCAGGCUGAGCUGGCUGUGAGUCUGAGAGAGUCAGUGAGGGUGUAUAGUGUGUAGUGGGGGUCUGAUACCGUAGCUGCUGCAGCUGAAUUCCCGUAGUUAACCGAGCUCUGCUGUUCAUGCGUGUCUGACAGGCGGUUCAGAGCCUCGGGCAGGUUUAGUUUUAUACGAUACUCGAGCGGAAGGAGCGGCCAGGACUCGCGCUUUAGGAGAAAACCCGCUCGGCUGUUCGACGACAUGGACUCCGCCAGUCAAGACAUCAAUCUGAACUCUCCAAAUAAAGGCCUGGUUUCUGACUCCCUAUCAGAGAUGCCAGCAGAGACGGGUGCAUCUGGUGUCACCCCAGUAGCGCUCCCUCCAGGACUCACAGAAGAGGAGGCUGAGGAACUGAGGACUGAGUUGACCAAGGUGGAGGAAGAGAUCCUGACCUUGCGACAGGUGCUAGUGGCAAAAGAGCGUCAUGCAGCAGAAUUGAAGCGCAAGCUGGGCCUCAGCCCCCUGACUGAAUUUAAACAGAACAUCUCUAAAGGCUGGCAGGAUGUCCAGACCUCAAACGCCUAUGUGAGAACAGCAGAGAAGCUGGGCCAGUGGAAUGAGAAGAUUGCAGGAUGUGAGCUAUAUCUUUCAGCCUCCAGCACUCUGGAUGACAUUGCCCAUUCUGAAGUGUACAAGAAGACUCAGGAAACACUGUCUCAGGCAGGACAGAAGACCUCCGCCGCCUUCACCACCAUGGGCUCUGCUAUCAGUAGGAAACUAGGAGACAUGAGAGCUCUGCCUUUCUCUAACUCCUUUGGUAGCAACUACUCCAUUCGCCAUUCGAUAAGUAUGCCAGCCAUGAGGAACUCCCCAACCUUCAAAUCGUUUGAGGACAAAGUUGGAAACAUCAAGACCAAGGUGGUUGGAGGAAGAACCAACGGUGAUGGCAUCCAGAGUCCGUCCAGCGAGUCGAACCCUGUGCAGGACAAAGCUCCGUUCUAAGCCUCAGCACUCCCAACCCGGACACUCAUUUCAUCUCUUAGUAAAGCCUGACCCUCUACAGCUGCCAAAACUUCUCUUGCACUCUCUCUUUAUCUCUCUCUCUCUCUCUCUCUCUCUCUUUCUCUGUAUCCUCCUCUCUCCUCCAGCCCCUCUUCCACCAGUGCUUGCAUGUGCUCGUCUCAUCUCACCACAUGGACACAAACACACACACACUUGUACUUACACUUACACACUACAGCUAACUUCACAAAGCGUCAUCCAAAACAGGUUGUACAAAAAGAGAAAAAUGUUAAAUCAUUUUGUAUUAUAAAGUAUUUUACACUGCUUUGCAUAAUGUUUUUACAUAACUUUUAUCGGAAUAUGAAUAUAAGUGAAUACAAAUAACUAUAUUUAAACUCUACUGCCGAGCAGCGUUCAUCACAUGGUUAAAAAAAAGGGGUAAAUAGAGAGGAAACACCCUAUGAAAACUGAGUGGGAAGGAAAAAGAGGAACUUGCUGCAGUUUUCUAUGCUGCUGAUCUUUAAUUUGAGUCCUUUUUUACUCCAAUACAGUACAAUGUGAAGCAACACUUUGCUGUACAUUUAGUGAAUGUCUAAUCCUCUGUCUGCCUUACACUUGCACACUCUUGCUUUAUCGGUUGUUGUUUUUUUUUUGCUGGUCAGGGCAUGUUACAUUUGAGGUUGUUUUCCCUUUCACCGUCCUCUUCAGCCCUCUACUACUCCUACUUAUAUAAUUUUUGAUUUCUAGUGUGAAAUUGAUGGAGUUGAUUUUGUUUGUGCUUUGUCUAGAUUAAAAUCUGCGAGCCUUUGCUUUGUGCCACUGCUUUAAGAGCAAACUGAGGCCAUUUUAAAGACCUUCUGCUGUUGAAACGAAGAGCUGUUUCACCAAACCGCACUUACACUCACACUAACUACUACACAGGUAUCACUAUGAAAUAUGAAAUGACUCUUGCGUUAGCCUGCACUAACCUAAUCUAACGUAACCCAAUGUAAAAAAAAACAAUGUAAAAAACAAUGUAAAAAGAAAACAAAACACUGUUUAAAAGAUCAGUGGUGUCAAACUCCUUUUGUUAUCUUGUUAUCUUCUUUUAAAUUAUACAAGACUGCAUAUUUGUGCAGUUUGUAUGGUAGCACAGUCACUUUUUUUUUUUCUUUUUGGAAACCCAAUAAGAUAAACUGCAUCAUUGGCCAAAUUUUCUUAUCAUUUCUUCUGUUUGGAUAAAUUAAGCCUUUUUUAUUUUGCCUCCUUUAUUCUUUGUUGGUGUUAUCUCUUUUUUCUAAGUGUCGGUGGGUUGAAUUAUAUCAGUAGUUUACAACAUUUAUCAUAGACCACGCUGAAGUUCAAGGGACUUGUUAUAUCUGUGUGCCAGAAAUAUGUACAGCUAUGCUGCCAGUAAUACACAGCAGGGGAAAGUUGUAAAGUUUGGCUAUUGGGUUCAUCUUAUGGCAUUUAUUAGAUAGAAGGCUCUAUCUCUAGUUGUUAGCUAGGAGAGAAAUAUGUAGUGUACGGAGCAUGUUUUCUGAUGGAAACCGUGCUAGAAAACCAUUGAACUACAUGUGUGCAAAUGGGACUGGCUGUUGUAGAGAGCACGAGCACCAUAUUGCUUUAAUUUAGGAAUCAUAGCUUAGGUGUACAACAUGAAAAAAUUUGGUUUUCUUUUGAGACAUUGGUGGAAUGAAUACUUAUCAUUUAUGUUCACGUCUGUGUUUAUGUUUGUAUAUCAAUAAAGCAUUCCUUCAAACAA